GCAAGAUCUUUGACACACACGUCAUGGACUCACCAGACGUCACGCAACGAACCACUUUCAAGCUUUGUAGGGCUUGUAAGCUUUCAUGUUUAUGAUCACACUGUACUUGACAGAGGACCUCCAUGAGUAAGAAACGUGAAUGACAAUGGAAUUUGCUUGUGACUUUGUGUAUGUGCCUCCGUCGCCGGCUCCAAAGGACAGCCAACGAUCCAAUGGCAAUCUCAUCAAACGUUCAGCUCUUUUACCUCCCGUCAACUGGGUCCGCCCUCAGAGUCCUCCCCCUCCUCCGCCUGUAAAUGCCACAGAGGUCAAGAUGGCCGAGCCACUCCGUGCGACCAGCAAAAUCACAGUACAGAAGAGGGUCGGGAAGAACCAUUUCUAUGACAAUUUGCACUCUGAAAACAAACCCCCUGUCAGUGUGACGCUUCAACCCACAACACCCACCCGAAAGACAGCUUUGCUUCCACCCCACUUGAGACCUACACCAAAUUCCCAGUCUCCUUCCAAAAUGUCCUUCUACGACAACAUGGAAUCAGGUUCCUGGGAGGCAGAAAACACACAAAGUACUCCUGGAGUCAAUGUGAUAAUACCCUCAGCUCCUCCUCUUCCUCCACGACCUUCUUUCAUGAAGUACAUGCCAGAGUAUCUGGUGGUCUUACCUGCAUCUGCCUCCACUCCGAAACCACUUUUAUCCCCGCCUCAUGACACUCCACCUCCAGCAUUGGCAGAAGACAAGGGACCUCUUCUGGGGAACCCUAACGUGGUCCUUGUAAGUUUGGGGAAGCUUCUCUCAGAAGAGAUGCAGCACACACAAGGAAAGCCUGCUUUCUGCUCCCAAUGUGGCGCUGUGCUGGACUCCAUGGAUGACAACCUGAUUAAUGGCUGUUACUUCUGCCAACUCCCUGACCAGAGCAGCGCUCCCAGAAGCCAACAAAGCGUUGCUACCGGAUUGCCACACGGCCUCUACGUGCUUAGCCCGGAUGAAAAACUCCCGAGUGCCUCUCAGCCUCUGCUCAUCUUCUGCAUCGACAUAUCCGCCUCCAUGAGCAUCACCUCGCAGGUGUUGCCGGGGGAGCACAGAUCACGCCUGGAGUUUGUCCAGGAAGCUGUUCUAUUAUGUGUUCAGAAGUUGAGCGAACAACAACCUCAGACACCCGUGGGGCUCAUCUCUUUCAACUAUCAGGUGGAAGUGCAUGGAUAUGGAGAUUUCCGAUCACGCGUCCUGAGUGGAAAUGAGUUAGUGCAUGAUAACUACCUGAAAGUCGCUGCCGCUGCUUUCCCUACUCCACCUCCGCUGUCACAGACCAAGAACUUCUUGCAGCAACAAGUUAGAACACUAGCUGCAGUCGGGACCACCGCACUGGGGCCGGCGGCUCUUGUCGCCAUCACAAUAGCCUCCAGACAUCCAGGCUCCAAGGUGAUCAUCUGUACGGAUGGGAAGGCCAACACAAUGUUAGGAAACCUGGAAGUGGAGGACGACGACGCUCGCACUCUCUUGUCAUCUACCAUCUUCUACCAAAACCUGGGGGAAUUUGCUGCCAAUCAAGGUGUGACAGUGUCAGUGCUGUCUAUUGAAGGAACUGACUGCAGGCUGGAUGAGCUGGGAAGACUUGCUGAUCGCACAGGAGGGAAAGUGGUGAUCGCAAGUCCCAAGAUGCUGCAUCCUGAGUUUGAGCAGAUCAUUGAGAACAACACUAUAGCCACACACUGCACUGUCAUGCUGCUGCUGCCCAAAUCGCUGCGCAUGAAAGGAGAGAAAGAGGCUGGACACAAAGCAACCAGAAAGGUGGGAAACGUGCACUCGGAUAAGGAGAUCACCUUCCAGUUUAUAGCCAAUGAAGAUGACGCGUUGCCGCUACCUUCCGGCAGCCGUGUGUCCAUCCAGCUGCAGCUCAGAUACAUUCAGAGGAACGGACAGCGCAUGCUCAGAGUGUUCACUGUGGACCGAAAUGUUACUAAUGAAAGCAUGGUGGCGCUGUCCUCUGUGUCUCUGCCCAUCAUUCAGCUCAACUCAUCACAGGCCAGCGCCGCUCUGGCCGUCAGAGGCCGCUUCCUCGACGCCAGGCUGGAGAGCGAACAACAGAUGAAGCUCAUCGAGAGAGUAAUAGAGCACAACCGCAGUUCAGAGGACAGGGAGACGUACAAAGAAUGGGUCAUCACCAUGGAGCCGAUAUACAACAACAUCCGUAACUUUACAAGGGCUAACUCCGCAGUAUCAGACUCUCAGUCUCUAACAGACGCCGGUGCAGUGCUGCUUUACGCCAUGAAGCACAGCAACAGGAAGACCAUCAUGAUAAAGAACAAACAGGGCCUCUAGCCAACAUCCAGCCUUCACUUUCACCUCAUUGGAAGCAACCCAAAUACUGAAAGACACACACACACCAACUGCUGAAAGGCCAUGUUGCAUUCAGCUAGGUCACUCUAGGAAUUGUUCAGCAGGACAGAGAAGGUGUAAAUGACAAAGAGGAAGGCCCCUUGCAGGUAUGGACACCUGUUAAUUGUUAGUGGCUCACUGUUUGGAUGACAUUGGACACUAUAUACAGAAACUCUGCCACUCUAAGCAACAUCAACUGUUACUAUGGAUACCAAAUUGUUGCAGUAAAUUUUCUCCCAGCACAAAUUGGACAAUUUAAAUGUGUAUUUUUUAAAUAUAUUUUAUACAUUAAUUUGAUCUUAAGUUUCUACAAGCUCACAAGUCAUCUAUCAUGUCACAUACAGUAACACCCACGGGUUGCCCUCAUUUUUUCACAAUUGCUUGUAUUUGUGUAACAUAACUCUUCUACUCCUGAACGACUGCACAAAAAGAUUACAUUUAGUCAAAACAUGCACCUCUACUGUGCUGCGUGUGCUAUUAUUUUACGGACACAUACACCACAUGGUGGCGCUGUUAUUAAACCCUUUGAGGAACAUUGACUUGCGAUUUCUCCCACAGCUCUACAAAACACCCACUGUAACUUGUCGCUGUUUACCCGAAGCGCCACAAAAUUAGGCACACAGCUUUAGGGGACUGGCAAGCGUAUGGCUGUCACGUUUGAGCAAGAUUGGCUGCCAUGGGAAUUCAUUAAUUGUCCAUCUGUCGCAUGAUUACUGAUUACCAUAGCGGGUGCCAAACAUUUAAUUUACAGUGAAAAAAUAAGGACAUCCCGUAUACACCCAUAGUGAUUAUUUGUAAUGAACACAUACUGCACCACACCCUAAAAUAAACAUCACUACUAUGUGUCAAAUUUGACUUUGGUUUUA